AUGGGACAGCUCCCUUUGUCGAGGGUAACACCGUGCCGGCCCUUAUAUCAUGUCGGAGUCGACUACGCCGGCCCGCUGACUCUAAAGACGUUCCGAGGAAGAGGCGCAAAAACCUAUAAGGGCUACUUUGUGAUCUUUAUUUGCUUCAGCACCUCCGCCAUCCAUCUAGAGGUGGCUACGGACUAUUCUACGGAAGGGUUCCUCGCGGCCUUCAAACGAUUCUUAGGUCGCAGGGGCAUCUGUUCAACACUCACCAGCGAUUGUGGGACCAAUCUCGUUGGCGCGGAUGCCGAACUGCAACGACUCUUUAGAGCCACGUCCAGGGAGUGGAAUCACAUCGCCUCUCGCCUUGCCAAUGACGGCGUGACUUGGAAGUUCAACCCCUCUUCCGCUCCACACUUUGGCGGGAAUUGGGAAGCGGGGGUGAAAUCUGUCAAAUUCCAUCUACGCCGCGUCAUUGGGGAGGCCUUCCUCACAUACGAAGAGAUGACGACGCUCUUAGUACAAAUAGAGGCGAUUCUCAAUUCGCGUCCACUGAGCACUCUAUCGGACGAGCCCGUCGGAUCUCGACGCGCUCACGCCAGGUCACUUCUUGGUCGGGUCAGCCCUGACCACCGUUCCGGAGCUCUCGGUCCUGGAGAUGCCGCAGAAUCGACUAUCGCGUUGGCAGCUACUACGCCAGAUGAUCGAAACGUUCUGGAACCGCUGGUCCGCAGAGUAUCUGUCAAAGUUUUAGGUCGCCUCAAAGUGGUACCGGACCCAGGACACGCUUCGGAUCGGAGCGCUGGUCCUUGUGAAGGACGAACGACUGCCGCCCACAAAGUGGCCUCUCGCACGGAUUACCGCCGUGCAUCCCGGACCUGA